AUUUUAGUUUGCGCUUGCAUCACAUGUAUCUAUGAGUGCAAAUCACUGUCUGUUUAGUUUACGAUUAUGUUUUGCAUUGAAUAGUGUGUGGGAACAUGAAAUAAAUAGUAAGCUUAUAGUUUACAUUUGUGUGAUUAUUAGGAGCAUAAAUACGUUAAGUUGCUAGAUGGUAUGGAAUUGGUAUUCUUCACGUGAGUUACGGAUUACAUGAAGUUUGCUUUUAUGCCGCGAAAACGUGUGAGCGCGGGAAAUGCAUUAAACGUUUGGUGAAAUAGAUCUAAUAACUAUUACUGGUAGUCGCGUUUUCGUGCUUUUGAAUUUAUGAUUAAUUUACAAAAUGAAUAAAUACAAUAAAAUUGAAAAAGUCGGCGAAGGGACAUAUGGUGUGGUUUAUAAAGCUAAGUGUAAAGUGACUGGCAAUCUAGUAGCUUUAAAGAAGAUAAGACUUGGAUCGGACUACGACGGGGUGCCGUCGACCGCCAUUCGGGAGAUCUCGCUGCUGCGGGAGCUGGACCACCCCAACAUCGUGAAGCUACUGGACGUGGUGUCGACGGACUGCAGCCUGUACCUGGUGUUCGAGCUGCUCGUGUACGACCUCAAGAAGUUCCUGGACACCACGCCCUCGCCGCUCUCCGUCAGCCUGGUCAAGAGCUACAUGUACCAGCUGCUGAGCGGCGUGGCGUUCUGCCACGCUCACCGCGUGCUGCACCGAGACCUGAAGCCCCAGAACAUCCUGCUGGACUGCAAGGGCUACAUCAAGCUGGCCGACUUCGGCCUGGCCCGGGGCUUCGCCAUGCCCGUCCGCACCUACACCCACGAAGUGGUCACCCUGUGGUACCGGGCGCCAGAGAUCCUCAUGGGCUCCAAGUUCUACUCCACGGCCGUCGACGUCUGGAGCCUGGGGUGCAUAUUUGCUGAGAUGUUGUCGAAGAGAGCACUAUUCCCGGGAGACUCGGAGAUAGACCAGCUGUUCCGCAUCUUCCGCACGCUCGGCACGCCUGACGAGACCAUCUGGCCGGGAGUGUCGCAGCUGCGCGACUACAAGUCCAUGUUCCCUCGCUGGGACUGCCAGGACAUCUCGGAGACCGUGCCUCGUCUCGAGUCCAAGGGACAGGACAUCUUCUUGAAGCUGCUGACCUUCGACCCCUGCAAGAGGAUCUCUGCGCGGGAUGCUGUGGAGCACGCCUUCUUCUCGGACGUGCAGCUGGAGUUGCCGCCCUCGCCCGAGAAGCCCGCGGACUGAAUCAGUGGACAAACACUGGAAUGUGUGGGUUGGGCGCAACCCUGAAUCAGAGCUACGCAUUUCCAUUUCUUUUGUAAAUAGUGAAAGUAGUUUUUAAAAAAUUUACUUUCUUCCUUUACGUCUUGACAAAUGCAUGUUUCAAUCACACUUGAGGAAUUGCCACGUGCAGUUACACAAUCCUGCAGUUGUUGUGUCGGCAGUUUGGGAAAGUUAUAGUUUCUUUAACUCUCUACCCAAUUCAGUUCUUGUCUGUUUUUAUGUUAAAAGCAUACAAAAAUUUUAUAUUGUAGAAUUGGUUUAAUGUAAUAUAAAAUAUGUAAUUAUAAACUAUUAAAACAGUAGUAAUAUGGAAAAUGCAACAUAAAACGUAGGUAAAAAAUUUACAUGCAACACAUCAUUUCUGUUAGAUGUUGUCUCCUAAGAGUUCCCACACCUACCCCUUUAAAAAAGAGAAUUGCAUCUGGUAAGGUCUGUAUCUCCGUUACUUAACCUUCUUACGCAGAUAUACACAUUUUUGUGUUUUGUUCACUAUUACGUUACCUGAAGGUAAAAUUCUGUCUACAGUAAUGCUAGUGUUGAAACUUUGGUUACAGUUGCUAGAAAUUCAUAGUUAGUUGAAUAGUUAAUAGUUAAUUGGAUUUUUGUGCAUUUUUUGGGAUUUAUAUCUGCAGGUUUAAGGUACAUUAUUGUUUAGGAAUAAAUUUAAAAUAUAAUUUUUUGUUCGUUGUAAUACCCUCAACAUACUGCUCAUUUCAUUUUCUUACAACCGAUGAAUUAGGCAACAGGUGAAGUUCCGACUUCUUAAUAGUGGCUUGUACCUAGAGUGGAAAUUGAAACUAAAUAUUUUAAGUAAAUUGUUUUCAUAUUGUUGUUUUGUAAAGAAGUGUAAAGUCACUACAUGCAUAAGUUUUAUUGUUUGUGCAUAACAUGUGGCUACCUGUGUGUAAAUAAAUUUUUGUACAAUA